AUGUACAAGACCUUUUAUUUCCCGACCAUUCUGAGCCAAACGAUCAGCUUGAAUGAAGGGGCCGAAAUACAGAACGCCAUCGGAGGAGGAUCGAUUACUUGGUACAAGGAUGGGGAGUCUGUGAACGGCAUAGGAGGCAAGAUCCAAAUACGGAACGCCCAACUGGGCGAUGGUGGCCUGUAUGCAUUCCGGCAGGCGUACGGGUUCGUGCAAACUUCGAGACUCGUCGUGCGCGCUUGCCCGAACGGAACGUACGGAGGCGGGUGCCAACUGAUUUGCCCUCCCUGCUUGAACGGAGGUAUUUGCCACGACAUCACCGGCGUCUGCGUCUGCCCUCCGGGAUUUAUAGGAGAGCGCUGUGAAGGAUUUUGCAACGCGUACCACUUUGGCAAGAACUGCACCCACAACUGCACCGAACUUUCGGCGCUGGCCGGUGGCGACCCACGUUGCCGGGGCAUGCUGUUCUGUCUGCCCGAUCCCUACGGCUGCUCCUGCUACCCGGGAUUCCGAGGAGUGGACUGCACCGAUGUGUGUUUAGCAGGAACCUACGGCGCCGACUGCAAGCAGAGACGGUUAUGCCACUGCCGAAAUGGCGGCGGUUGCCAUCCGCAGCGGGGAGUGUGUCCCGACAACAUCUGCGAAGAAGGCUACAGAGAUCCACCAUGGUGCGAACAAGCGUAUCCCGUUCUGAGAACAUUCUAUGCGACCGUCAUCGACGAAGAGAGCAUCAGUGUGCAUUGGGAGCCCUGGUCACCUCUGAGAGGAGACAACGGUGUCGGGGAGCCCGAUGGCUACAUUAUACAGUUCAAGGAGGGUGCGGCCAACACUUGGAACAGGACAGAUAUAAUCCCGGACACUGGCAAUGGCACUCUGUCAGGCUACAUCACUGAUCUGAAGCCAAACACGCGGUACAACGUUCAGGUGUUAGUGCAUGACGCCAGUGGUCACGUGCACUCGCAAACAGCUUCAACUGCUAGGGUGAAGACACAGUGCGGAGCACCGUUGUCGCCACCCAGCAACUUUAGCCACAACGAAACGACGGAUGGGAUGGUCAAGGUGACGUGGCAACUUCCAGAACGCUCCCAAUGGCAGUGCGACGCAGUGAGCGUGGAGAUGCAAAUCAACGACGGAACUCCUCAACAUUCAGCGAUGUUCGGGUUCACAUUUGCGACGAAGGCCUUCACUACGUACCGCAUUCAAGCACGCCUCACGACGUCACGCGGAGUUGGCCCCUGGUCGGACCCUUUCAAGUUUACUACACGCGAAGGAGCUCCGGGUGAAGUGAGCAGCUUGUACACCGAAAGGCUAUCAGCGAGAACGUACCGGCUUCGUUGGCAGCCGCCAGCAGUCGCCAAUGGCAUACUGCGGCAAUACCACCUGCUGCUAGUUGUGGAUGGACUCAAUGGUGUGCAAUGUCCCGAGUUUCGAGAACCCGACAGAAUCAACGCUUCUUUUCCGGUCAACGUGACGUCGGCCGUGUUCCAUAACCUCACGGCUUCGGCUGUGUACACGGUCUCCAUACUGGCCACGACGGUGAAAGAUGGUCCCUGGAAGGAUUACCGACUGACCACCACUGAGGAAGUUCCGGAGGCAGCUCCUCAAGGUCUCACUGUGACUGGUCAGAGAGAACGGUCAGCCGUAGCGUCUUGGCAACCUCCGGACUGCACGAAGGUGAACGGUCAGGUUACCUACUACCAAAUUAAUUGGACUUCCACGGCGGAGUGGGCGUCGAACGAACACUCAAGAAGACAGCUUGAGAACGUACUGGAAAUGUCCGACCUUGUCCCAUUCACGGAAUACAAGAUCACCGUGUCGGCUGAGAACAGUGUGGGCAUGGGCCCCACCGCUGAAUUCUCAUUUAGGACGGCACCCAGUGUGCCUCCAGCCCCCACUAACCUGACUGCGUACAGCGCAAGCAGCGAACUCUUGGCCCUCAGCUGGCUACCACCGUAUCCGCCGUUCGGAAUCCUGGAGCGCUACACCGUUCACUACAAGCCUGCGCGAGAGUCGGUUUUCCGGGAGGCCCUUGCACUGACUCCCGAACAAGCGACCUGCGACGGUGACGCCGAUGCCAGAACCGGCCACCACUGCGCCACCCUAGCGCCUUUAAUCCCAAAGAUGGAAUACCACGUGGUGGUCGUUGCCAAGAACAAAGACGUGGAAAUGUGGAGCGAGCGAAGCAACUUGGUCACUGCUGAGACACGGGAGUCAAAGGUGAAGUCCAAGCGACCGGAGGUGCGCACUCGAAAGUCACGUGACAGACCGGAAGUGGCACUAUGGAUGUUGGACAUGACGCUGAAGGCGCAUGACGAAUGA